UAGCAUUUACAGUUCAUUACCUGCCGCGAUUUGAGCUUUGGGCUGGGAAGUUCGCGUGUGGAUGGAUACUGUGAAUUGAUUCCGAAUUUUGUAACGCGCGGAAUACGGUUUGUCUCUUCCUUCGCCUCAAUUGCGAGGUUCAGUCGUGGAUCAUGAAUAUUCUUCCGAAAAAGAGCUGGCAUGUGCGGAAUAAAGACAAUGUCGCCAAAGUUCGGGCGGAUGAGGCGAAAGCACGAGCAGAAGAGGAGGAAAAAGAUAAACGUCGUCAGUUAGCGGAAUCAGAAGCAAGAAUCAAUUACCUGCGCCUAAAACGACGUCGCGAUAACGAAGAAGAGGCAUCCGAAGAUAAACCUGUCGAAAGCGCAUCUGAAGGCGCCGGCACAGUAGCAGUCAUCACAGAUUCGCGCGGCCAUCUCAACUUUUUCCUCGAUCGAGAAAGCGGACAAAAGGACAAAGGUGAAAAUGCUGAGUACGUUAAGGAGGAGAAGGAAGAGCGCGAGAAAUACGAGAAAAGCGUCGGGUAUUUGACGUACCUCGGUCAAGACACCGAUGAAGCCACGGGAAAUCGCCCGUGGUACGAGAAAAUCGAUCGUAUCAAGUCAGACUCCGGAGAUUCUUCCAAGCUCCCCGAAAUCCAUUCAAAAAUAAAAUCUCGUGAAGAUCCUUUACAGCUUUUCAAGAGCUUCGUGAGUGCCUCCCCUUCCGUUUCGAAACCGGCACCGGUAGUGAAGUCGACUGCAGAAACGGCGCCAUUGAAAGCAAUCGAACCGAGAAAAAAGGAUGAGAAAAGCAGGAGAAAAAUUAAAAAGAUGAAACGUAAAAUUAAGGAACUGAAGCGUGCGGCGAAAAGAAAGCGAUUGGAAGAAAAACGCGACAAGAAAAGCAAGAGGCACAAGACUGAGCGGAAGAAAUCUCACCGGAAAGAUUCAAAACCCAAGAGAAGCAGUGACAAGGUUCGUGAGAUGUUAUCAUCAUCAUCAUCGUCAGCUUCGACGUCGGAUGCGGAAAUGUCGAGUGACGAAGAUAGCUCAUCAAAGAGUGAUUCUGGAAAGGUGGACAUGGACGCAUUGCGAGCCGCUCGCCUGCAGAGAGAACGAAUUGAGAAAGAGCGCAUACGGAAAUUCCUUAAUCCCGUCUCUGAGAAAGCCGAAGCCAAAGUGAGCAAAGACGCAGAAGAUAAAGGAAAGAAGCCCAAGUAUCAUUCUCAGUAUAACCCAAUGGACGCUAAGCAGUCACUGGAAACUGGUCGUAAAUAUUGGCUUGAAUGAUCAUCUUCGAUCGCUUUGGAGCUCCAGAUGCACUUCCGCCUGCUUUUUCUUGCGGGUUCUGGGGGCCGGGGGCGUCUCAUGAGGAAUGAAAAUUCCCGUGGGCAUUAUCGGAUUCUUGCCCAGCACUCAAAACGAUGUGAUAUUCAGUAAUACAGUAUGCUUUUUGUGGACUCCACUGUUUAUGCCGUGCUGUAUAUGCAAUUUUUCCUUGAAAAACUA